AACAAGCGAGUGUAGUGAGUUGCUUUUAAUCGCGUGCUUUUAUAGGGUUUGUUUUCGUUUUAAACUCGGCAAGAUGUCUAGACUGGAUAGAUUACAUUCGGCCCUGAUGAAGCGGAUGUCUGUUGUCAUCCGUGAGAUCUGGGUGGAGGUGGAAGCGACGGUGAAGGACUACCAGACAGAAACAGCACAAACACGGACAGAAAACGCCAAGCUCCGACAACUGCUGAAGGAUGCGCUCACCAGGAACCAUGCACAAUUAAACGGACAAGUUCACCCAAAUGUUGUCCCACCCACAGAAUUACCAAAACGUGCAUUCAGGGCUCCAGCUGAAUCAGCAAAUCAAGUGCAUCAGCAAAAGGAGGCCGAGGUGCAGAGUCAAGAUUCAGCAAGUGAUCUGAAACCGCGCAUACUAGAUGUCACUUCAAUCUGUAAGACGGAGGCAGAAGACAGAGAGGUAAAAGAUGCAGCACCAGGAGCUGAACAGCGGCUUUUACCUCAGACGGACAGCUCGAGUGCAAAUGAGAACACUGGAGUGGUACUGAGGAUUAAGACGGAGCCCGAAGACACCAUCAUCACGAUAACAUCUUCAGUUACUACAGCCCCUGCUCACGCCGGUACACAUCAGGACUCCGAACCAGCCCAGCAGCUGAGACCGGCCAAUGAGAUGCUGAGAAGACCACUGCGAAAAGAGUGCCUUCGCACGCGGUACGGCAGAGCUAGGAGAGCAACCGCAAAAGAUCACGAUCAUGACAAAGAAGGCCCGUACAAGUGUAACAAAUGUGGCAGGCAUCUAAAGGACUUGGCCAAGCUGCAGCUGCAUAAGAAACUGCACGAGAGGUCCUUCAUCUGUCACUGGUGCGGCAGGAACUUCUCCAAGUUUGAUUACCUUCGGAUGCACAUGCGCACGCACACCGGAGAACGGCCGUACCGCUGCAACUGGUGCUCAAAGACUUUCAGCCAGAGCGGGAACAUGAGAAGACACGAGCGCACAUGCCAGAGAUCCAACGAAGAACCCACAGCGCACAUGCUAGAUGAUGAGCAGCAGCUGUCUGCAGAGUGACACACACACACACUGAGAUAGAAGCUGUUAGGGUGAUUGAGAGCUGAUAUUCCAUGUAUGUUGGAUACAGUGGGAUGUUUUAUUGUUUUAUCAAAAAUUUUAGAAGCUUCCAGGUUAUACCUCAGUGCUUCUCAACCACAUUCCUGUAUGACCACUGGCAGUGCAUGUUUUGGAUGUCUCCUUUGUGUGUCACACCCAUUUAAAUUCUUUCAGUCUGCUAAUGAGCUGAUGAUAUGAAGCAGGUGUGUUUAGUUAAAGAGACUUGAAUAAUGUGCAGUGCUGGUAGUCCCACAGAAACAUGGUUGAGAACACUGUUAUAGAUGAUACUCAUGGCCGAAAUGCUGUUUCUGUGCCCCUUCUUGUCAGUGUGAUUCAGAAGUAUGAAUGGACAUUUCCAUUUUUUUCCUUUUGAGGAAGACCACGUGUGAGUCUUUACUUCCAGACUGAUGUUUUACUAUUGUAAAUACUCCGAAGAGAGCAGUAUCUAGCCAAUGAAAUAUUUUUAGGCAGUAAAUGACUAUUAAAAAUGUAUAUUCACGAAUAGAAAUCAUGACUUUAAUAUUUGUAUUAAUUUCCAUUAUUUUUCCAGGGCUAGACAUCCCUUUUUUUUAAACUGCUGGUGUUCAGUAAUCACAGGACAUAAUGAAUCCGAAAAUAAACUGCAAAAUCAUACUUUGAGAAGCUCAUGACUGUCAGAUUUGUGUAAAUGAGGACUUUUUGUCAUAUGUAACAACAACAAACAGUUGAAUAAACUAGAUGAAACUGAA